UCUAACAAAACAAUGCUACCACUCUAUAAAUAAAAAAGUAAUUUUCUUUGGUUGCAAAUCCUUUCACCUCGGUUUGACAGAUGAAGAAUCGAAAACAUAAAAAUUACGGAGAUUUCAAUUUUGGAUAAGUACAAACAGCAUCGAGAGAGACCAAAGAAAGCGAAAAAGAAAACAUUAGAUGAGGGAAACAGGACAACCUCAUAACAAUGCUGCAAUAUAUAGUAUAUAGAGGAGACAGAAAAAGAUGGACUUUGAGAAAAAAGAGAAGAUGGGAUCAGCACAGGAGGACCCCAAUGUUUUCCACUUUAGCCAUCCACAUCCUUUGCAAUUGCAAUGCACCACCCUACCAAAUAUUGUAACCUGCUUUGGAUGCAACAUCAAAAUUAACUCUGGUCACGACUAUUACCAGUGCAAAACAUGUGCUUUUUCUCUUCACCCUCUCUGCUACAACAUGCCCUUAAUCACCAACCACCCUUCACAUCCAACCCACCAUCUACUCCUCCUUCCUCUACCUUCCACCAAACCCACUCUCAACUGUCUCGCAUGUGGCCACCGUGUCACCGCCUUUUCCUACCACUGUGCUCAAUGCUCCAUCUUCUUCCAUGCCUUCUGUCUUGCACUCCCUCUCUCCCUCGCAAUCACAUCCCAUCCCCACAAAAUCAACCUUGAGUUUUCACCACCCUAUCACUUCUUCUGUGACUUGUGCAACCACCCCAGUAAUCACAACCACCGCUGGCUCUAUAGAUGCAACAUCUGUGAAUUCGACACACAUAUACCUUGUGCCCUUCAAAAUCUGAUUGGAGGGGGACCAAGUAGAGAAAAUUUUGAUAGUAAAACCGCUGCUGGAUGGAACAAGAGAUUGUACGACAGAGCUGCUGAGAGUGAGAAGAUGAAUAAUGGUGAACUUGAAUUACUGGGAAAAGAACUAAGCCCUGCUGAAGUUUUAUCAAAGUUAGAAGAAAGAACACCGCUUCGGGAUAAAUGGACUCCACUUUCUGAUCAUUCACAGCUUAGUUACCAAUACAGCGACUCAUACUUUUCAAUAGAUUUGGCAAAGUCAUAUUCAACCCAUUCAGUUCAAAAAGAUGGUGCUACUAACUUUGUAAGCAAUUCCGUUCCAGUUAAUAUUAAUAAGCUGAAUGCAGAUAUUUUCAUGAAAGAAGGACCAAGAGUUAUGAUCAAAAAUGCUAACCAAAGCCACGCUAAACGAUCUGUUCAAGACCACACAAUAUCGGAGACAGGAAGAUCCAGCUGUUCUUGUUGGAGGAAAUUCCUAAACUGCUGCCUUUAGCAUUGACAAGUGGUAGGCACAACAUGUGGAAUUGUUGUUUUCAAAAUGUUGAAGUAAUCAGUCUUAGGUGGUAGGAGUGAAUGAAAAGAUAUCUUUAUUAGCUGAUCGAUCAUUGGUGAGGUCAUCUUAUGAAUCAGUCUUUAAAAUUUUAUGCAUUUGGUCACUUUAAGAGGCAGAUUCAAGAAAAAGAAAAAGAAAAAGAAAGAUAUAUAAGUGUAUAUCUAAGUCAAAAGAAUGGUUCU